AUGUUUACUCAUCUUUUCAUCGCUUCUUAUUCCGAAUACGUUUGUGAGAAGUGGCUAACGAAGACAAAUCAUGGUUAUAUUAUCAUUCAUGAAAAAGAAAGUCAAACGUGGUCUUUGCAACACAUUUCAUGCUUUUCUUUAAUUGGUGUUUUUUUGCUGUGGCAUCGAACAACCACUACACAAAUACGAUGCGGUCCCACAAUGAAGAGAGGCCGAAGACAAGACAGAAAAAGGACCCAAAAGAAAUGUCAAUGUUUUUAUGAAAAUAGCAGCCCCAACAUUCCUUUUCGAGUUUUUACUUCAGACCAACUGACGUAUUACAGACCGAAACAAGAAAAAUUAAAAUCAACCAGAGAAUGCAAUCAGGGAUGCCAACCGACAGUUGCAAAAUGUAGUUCAAGAGAAAUUGGAUAA